GAUUGAUUGCGACGUUGCGAGUUGCGUGGGGGUGUUCAAAUAGGGAAGGAUAUGAAACGCUGCCCGCGUAAUAGGGGAAAGUGGGCACUUUUUCUCAACAUCAGGCCGAACAUGAUUACAGCCAGGAGUCCUGGGGAUAUGAAUGAACGGAUGAGUAAUCCACUGCUGACACCCACCUUGUCGGCGACGUCGAAAGCUCAAUCUUACAAGAUCGCUUUCAGGAGACAUUGACAACCUUCACACCACUGAGCUCAGGAUCAGGCAAACCAACCCCAGUUACAACUUUCCCCCCAUGUCAAAGAAAGCAAUCGUCACAGAGAAUGCUCCCAAGGCCCUCCCCGGGAUCUACAGCCAAGCCAUCGUCGCAAACGGCUUCGUCUACUGUUCAGGCUGUGUCCCAAUGGACGCUAAGACGAUGAAAUUGAUCGACGGAGACAUCCAGGCUCAUACUCAUCAAUGCAUCAAGAACUUGGGCGCCAUCCUGGACGCAGCGGGCUCGAGUCUCGACCAUGUCGUCGAAGUCAAUGUCUUUUUAGCGGAUAUGGAUGACUUUGCAAAGAUGAAUGAGAUUUACACCCAGUAUUGGGGUGAUGUCAAGCCUGCGAGGACUUGUGUGGCUGUCAAGACUUUGCCGUUGAACACGGAUGUCGAGAUCAAGUGUGUUGCUGUCCUGAAGUGAGGCUGCGAAGGUAUCAUAUUUGAUGUUGGUGGUAUGAUCGUGGUGUAGGCUCUGGGCGCUCAAACAUGUCACAAACUCCAGUGUGACAAUGGGGGCUGCGUCCAUUCAAACGGCCGGCGGUGGAGGCCCGCAGCGCGGCGUGAUUGUCGCUGUUCGCAUGAGAAUCGAG